AUGCUUUAUAAAUCAUUAUCAAAUAUUGGAACCAUUAAUAAAUCCAACGGAAAAUCUAUCCAACAACAACUCAAUAAUAAUAUGAAUAAUAAUGUUUACAACCAAACGAAUAAUGGUUCAAGUACAUUGAAUUUAAAUCAAACUUCAAUGUUUUCUCGUCCAUAUUAUUGUGCCUGGUAA